GAGUCUCCCGCGGAGAUGCCGCGCAGCACGCCUGGAGCGCUCGCAGGCGCAAGCUUGCUGCGGGUCGGGUGCGAGGCGAGGCCGCCGACCCCGGCGGACAUGCUGCAGGGCUUCUGGGUGCAGAACAAGCUGCGGAAGGCGGCGCUGUACAUCCUGGCGGGGCAGCUCAACGAGGACCGCGUCCGGUCGCUCCGCCGGGGCUUCCGCGCCCUGGACGCAGACGACGACGGCCUCGUCACCGUCGUGGAGCUGAGGGCCGCGCUGGCGCGGGCAGGCGUGGAGGUCAUACCUCCUGACCUUAGCGGCUUCGGGGCCUACAUGGUGGGCAUCGACGCGCAAGGCAACGGAGUGGUAAACUACGCGGACUUCUUGGCCGCCGCCCUUGAGGAGCGGGAACGCAGCCACGGCGGCGCCAGCUGGGACCCCACCCUGACGUUCCACCAGCCUGGCGCUGAAGACGUCAACCAGCAGGCCGUUCUCUCGCUGCUGAAGGACGACUUUGACCCGCACCGCGCCGGCCAGGUGGGCACCCAGGACUUCGUGGAGAUGGCGAGCGCCGAGGGCGGGGGCAUCGCCGACCACGGCGUCGACAUACACCUGGUCGUGAGGAUGCUGAACGGCGCGCUCCAGCGUCUCGACGGCUUCCACAUGUAG